AUGAUGCGCACCGGCCCCGGCCUUGUCUAUGAGUGGCUACAGAAUCUUAAACUGCCUCAAUACUUGGAGGGGUUUGUGGACAAUGGAUACGAUGAUCUCGAAGUUUGUAAACAAAUUGGUGACCCCGAUCUGGACGCCAUAGGGGUCCACGUCCAGCACCACCGACAAAAAUUGCUCGACGCAGUGAAGAGGUUGAGAGAGCAGGAGAAGGAAAAAUCUCCGGGUCUUUACUUCACCCUCGAGCCCCUGAACCCCCUGUACCCCUCUUCCUGUAGACCCUCGUUGGGCACCAACAUAAUGCACAUCACAGACUGCGAGAAUGACCUCCAGGGGUCAAGGUCAUGGACAGAAUCCAACCAGGAGGAAGUUGGAAUUGGGGCUCACCAAAGAUUUCACCAAGAGUCAUCAUGUCCUAAAAAUAACAAUUUGAGUUUCACUGAUUGUAAAGAGUUGGUGACUUACCCCAAACUGAAACUGAAGCUCUUGAUCAGGGAUAAACUUGUGAAAGAUGGAAUCGACCUCAGUGAGCCGCCAUACACCCACAAGGAUGGCUCGUUGGGAACCUUUGAGGACUUGGCUCAGGAGUACUCUGACUAUUACAGCGCCUCUCUCAGUGACGUCCAAGACAGAAUGGAGGAGAUUAGGAAACGUAAGGUUGUACAAGAUGCACAAUCAGAGAUGGAAAAGGUGGACUUAGUCCCGACAUCACUGCAGCUUCGCUCUCAGAUCCAGGAGUCGCUAGGGCUGAGUUGCAGUAACACAGCGUCCACUCCCGAGACUGAGAGAAGGUUGGCCAUGCAUAAAUCAUCUGAUGAUGGAUCAGGGGGUAAAUGGGAUGAAAAAAGACAGAAAAACAAGUCUUUCUGGCAGAAUUUUCGGAAGUCGCAGAAAGGUGUCAUGCGGCAGAACUCAAAAGGCGGCGAGGACAUAGGCUUUGUGGCCAGUGACAUCACUAUGAGUGAUGAAGAGCGUAUCCAGCUGAUGAUGAUGGUGAAAGAGAAGAUGAUCAGCGUGGAGGAGGCCCUCGCAAGGCUGAAGGAGUUUGAGACCCAGAGCAGACAGACCUGCAGCACUGAUCUUACAGAAUGGCCUGAUGUUCCCAGUCUGACCUUGAAUGAGUCCUCCACCAGCAAUUUGUGUGAGCAGUCAGAUGGUGAACAGGAGGAGUCUGGGACGUUCAGACGGCUCCAUAAGCUGGUCACCUCCAGUCGCAGGGUGCGCAAGAAGCUCAUCAGGAUCGACGAGUCCAAGAGCCCUGGGUCUGAGGAAUCUCUGAGCAUGGAUGGGCCUAUCCUGGGUGAUGCCAUGUCCUCUCUGCCCCUGUACUCUGGGGUUCAGAAGAAGCAGCCUGUGUCUGGGGGGUGUCACCACAUUGACUCCCUGGCCUCCUCCCUGGCCUCCUCCCUGCACAACCAGCUGACCUAUGACCUUCAAGACUCCGACAACCUGACCACCUCCCCUUCCUCCUCCUCCUCCUUGGACACCUGCAGCAGUGCCACACAUACCCACAGUCUGGAUACAGUCUCCAGCACCAGCCAGCGGCUGUUCAGAGCCUUCAGUAAGACAGGAGGAUCCAGCCCCAGGAGCUCCAGCCCGGCCUGUAGCCCAGCCUGUAGCCCAGGGAGCCACCCGGACACUGGCCCCAGCGGUGAAGGGAGAGCGACGGGGGCCGGCGGUACUGGUUCCUCCAUGUCAGAGAUAGAGGUUGGUGGUAGAGGGGAUGGACCUAGGAUGGCCCGGUCGGUCACGGAUGGUGAGAUCAGGAGAGUACUCAGCCCACUCAGCUACCAUGGCAGAACCUGUAGCUUUGGUGGAUUUGAUCUGACCAACCGGUCCCUGCACAUGGUCAACAGUGACCCUGACCUCACUAUUAAAGAUGGGGAUGCCAGUGUGAAAGAUGUAGUCAAGUCUCCACCGACAAACCCUCAAAUCUCUUUGGGCAAGAAAGUGAAGUCGGUAAAAGAGACCAUGAGGAAGCACAUCUCCAAGAGAUACCACUGCUCUCUCCCCGAGCAGUCAAGCCCAGACGGUAUUUCCAGAGGGCCCCAGUCCCCCCACAGCCUCACAGACACAGACUAUCUGGAGAAACCCAAGCUGAAGGCUGGAGGGUCAGUGGAGAGCCUGAGGAGCUCCCUCAGCGGACAGAGCUCCAUAAGUGGUCAUACGGUGGGCACCACCGACUCCUCCAACAGCAACAGAGGGAGUGUGAAGUCUGAGGAUGGAGAGGAGGAUGAGCCUCCCUACAGAGGACCCUUCUGUGGUCGAGCCAUAGUGCACACGGACUCUACCCCCAGCCCCUACGACACUGACUCUCUCAAACUGAAGAGAGGUGAUGUCAUUGACAUCAUCGGCAAGCCUCCAAUGGGGACGUGGAUGGGCCUGCUGAACAAUAAGGUGGGGACGUUUAAGUUCAUCUACGUGGACGUUCUGGCUGAGGAAGACAAACCUAAACACCCCCGACGUAGGAGGAAGGGAGGGCAGCCCAAACCCACCUCUGUAGAGGAACUCCUGGAGCGCAUCAACCUCAAAGAGCACCUGCCUACCUUCCUGUUUAACGGCUAUGAGGACCUGGACACCUUGAAGCUUCUAGAAGAGGAGGAUCUAGAUGAGCUCAACAUCAGAGACCCUCAACACAGAGCUGUGCUGCUCACUGCUGUGGAGCUAAUUCAGGAGUACGACGGUAGCAGCGACCAGGACCAUGGCGGCCAGUCAGGGGGUUCUCAGGAGAAGCUGUUACUGGACCGUAGCGGCCUACUGGGGGACUCCCCACGAGACUCUGGCUGUUAUGAGAGCAAUGAGAACCUGGAGAAUGGUAACGACAGCCUGACUUGACUCUGACUCUCCUCUUUCACAUCUUCAUCCACCUCUUGCUGCCAUUCUCCAAACUCUUCAUCGUCUAAGGGCUGCCAUGAGUCUUCUCCAAACUCUUCAUCCUCUAAGGGCUGCCAUGAGUCUUCUCCAAACUCUUCAUCCUCUAAGGGCUGCCAUGAGUCUUCUCCAAACUCUUCAUCCUCUAAGGGCUGCCAUGAGUCUUCUCCAAACUCUUCAUCCUCUAAGGGCUGCCAUGAGUCUUCUCCAAACUCUUCAUCCUCUAAGGGCUGCCAUGAGUCUUCUACAACCUCUUCAUCCUCUAAGGGCUGCCAUGGG